AUGGUGCUGAUGAAAAUUGCGCGUCCUCCAAUGCCCCUCCGACGGAAGCACCACGUUACACCUUCAACCGCUCAGUUGUUCCACUCCCGCCGUCAAAUAACACUCUUACGACCGCAUUGCAUGAAUAUGUGCGCGUGGUCUCCUAACCAUAAGGACAACCCACGCAGAAGCUCCUCCCAGUUCUCCGCCACCCGCCUCCCUUCGAUCUUCUUCUGUCAACCUGCAUCCGCGCUAAUCUCCAAAACCACCACCGUCUUCCAAUUCCACAUCAUCCGAUCUCAGAUCUGCAACCGUUGUAAAGCCUGCGACCGUCAAACUCAGCUCCGACACCACCUUCGACUACCUCUCCAGUCCCCUCCUACCACCGUGCAUGUUUGGGACUUCCGCACGAUUGAGGUUUUGUUCCAUUUAUAUUCCUCUCAUUUUUAUACUUGUGGUUUAUUGGUGAUUUUUGUUUUGAUUUGGGUAGAAGUGUUGUUUUGA